UUGGAUCAUGUGAACUUCCCCCACAAGAAGGAGAACGUCAAGAAGCUUGUGGAAGAUGGUGAGGAGCAGGAGGACUUCAAGCCUUUUCCCACGUUAGUCGAAGCUUUGUCGAAGGUGGAUCCAGAUGUCGGAUUCAAUGUGGAAGUCAAAUAUCCUAUGAUGCAAACUAACGGUGAGCACGAAUGUGAUCAUUACUUUGAGCGGAACGAGUUUAUUGAUGUUGUAUUGGCUGAUCUUCUGAAUAACGCUGGUAGUAGACGGAUUAUGUUCUCCAGUUUUGAUCCGGACAUCUGUUCAUUAAUAUCAAUGAAGCAGAACAAGUAUCCAGUACUGUUCCUUUGCGUCGGAGAGACACAGCGUUACACUAGGUUCCAAGAUCAACGUAGCAGUACCAGUCUUACUGCUGUAAACUUCGCUGCUGGUGCUGAUAUAAUGGUAUGUAGAUCUCCACGUUAUUUUGUUUGUUUUUUUUGUAGUGAAGCUUUGGCUAACCUCACCCGUCCUAGCGAAUGCAGUCCGCCUUUUUCGAGAAAAAGGUUUCAAGAUGAAUACUCCUUAUUCGGCUUUAUAAGUAGCCGAUAA